AUGAAGAAAUAAGAUUUGAUCACUGCAAAAUGGACAAUAGUGAAAACUAUCAUUCUCCAACAGACACAGAGGAUGAUGUUUAUGUCACUAUAGAAGACUGUCGCGCAGAGCUGAAAAACUCAGGAUCACAAGCAGUGGAUUAUGACAAUGUGAACACACAGCAGCUGCAUGCAAAGACUAAACAACGCACAGCUUCAUCUAGUUACAACAUCAUCAUAUCUGCUCUUGGUCUUCUGCUGCUUGGAGCUUUAGUGUCACUCUGUGCUGUAGGGAUCUUGUAUCACAAUAAAGUUGUUUCCACUGAGAUAUUAAGUGAAGGACACGAGAACACUACAGCCAAACUGAUGGGGCUAAAAUACAAAGCCACCGAGAUAGAGAAACUGAUUGGGAUGCUGAAGGCAAAAUACCAGCAAGCUCAUGAACGUCUGUCUGCAUGCAAUGGAAAACAAAACUGUACACUUUGUGAGGAAGGAUGGAAUUCUCUUGGUUUAAAGUGUUACUACUUCUCCACUCAUACAUUGAACUGGACACAGAGUCGAGAUUACUGUGUGGAUAAAGGAGGCCACAUGGUGAUUAUAACCAGCCAAACUUAACAGACACACUGGAUUGGCUUGAAUGACUUGGAGACUGAGGGUCAGUGGAUGUGGGUGAACAACCAGCCCUUAAAUGAGACGG